AUGUCUCAUACUGCUAAUGCUUCGAGUAGGCUCACUCAGUCUUCGAGAGAGGGCCCCCAACCGUCCAGUCCAGAGCCUUCUCAGACCGCCGCAACUCCUGAUUUUGGUCAACUCAUCCGACUCCUCAAAGACAAGCUGGCCCAAAGCAGUGAUGCCGGCAUUUCCCUUUCGAUGGACGACACGCAUGAGCUGGUACGCGCUCUGCGGUUCUCGAAGGAUGCCAACAAUCGUCUUCAAGUAGUCGAGCAGGAGCUUGCCGAGGCGAAGCAGAGAGCUGGAGACUCUCCGUUCUUGGGGAAGUUCGGAGAUUAUUCUGGUCACGUUUGGAACGACUUACGCUCGACUGGUAAUGUUCGAGAGCUGCCCCAGCAGGUCACAGAUGCCGCGACGCUCAUCGAGGACCGUUUUGGCGACAAGGGGAAAAUCUCCCGCAAGCGUGCCGAAACGUUGCGCCCUCCCUUGACAGAACGGGCUGCUCGAUGUGCUGCCUUCGCUUACUCUGCCCGGUGCCAGCAUAGAGACGCACAAGACUUUGUAUAUAGACUGAAUCUCGAAUGUGUAGGAGAUCAUGCUUGGAGAGUGGUGCUACGCAUUGGUUGCAUUUACGAGAGGGAACUAUUCAUUAAUGUGAUUAGACUAAGUCGAAGUUAG